AUGAGUAAUAGUGUUUUUAAUUUAAAUGAAGCAGUUAAACCAUAUUUUGCAUUGGUUAUUUUUAUUGUAUCAUUGUUUUUAAUAUGUGUUAAAAUAAAGAAUAUAAAUAUAGGUCGUGCUGGAUAUUCCUUAAUAGGGGCAACACUAAUGGUUAUGUUUGGUAUUGUGCCACCUAAAGAAAUUGGUUCAGUGGUUAAUUGGGAUACAAUUAUAUUAUUAAUGUCAAUGAUGAUGUUAUCAAACUAUAUGGAGAAGGCAAAUAUAUGGGGGUUGGCAUCAAAUGUUUUAUUAUAUAAAUGUAAAACACCAUUUGUAUUUUUAAUAAGGGUUUGCAUUAUAUCUGCUGUGAUGAGCUCAGUAUUAACAAAUGAUACUGUUUGCGUCACACUCACCCCAAUUGUUAUCAAAGCAUGCGAAACAACAAGUUUACCUUAUUUUCCUUAUUUAAUGGCAGUGGCAACUAGCGCAAAUAUAGGUAGUGCAUCAUUACCAGUUGGCAAUCCACAAAAUAUGAUUAUUGCUACAGCAGGUGGUUUGGAGUUUUUAAAUUUCUUCAAAGUUUCAGUUGUUUCUAGUUUUUUAGGUGUUUUAUUAAACUCAGUUUUAUUAUAUUUUUAUUUCAAGAAAAAUCUUUCAAAAUUUGAAAUUACAGUAGAUCUUACUAAACAAAUUAGUUUAAAAUCUUUAACCAAAAACAAUAGCAGAAAUGAAAAAGAAAUCAAACAGGAGAAUAGUUUAAAUUAUAAUAAAUUAACCCAAGAAAACAGUAUUCAAAAUAACGAUAGUAUAAAUAAUAAUAAUACUAAUAGUAAUAAUAAUAAUAAUGACAAUUCUGAAGAUAUUAUAACAGGAAGUUAUAAUAUUGACAAUAACAGUAGUAAUAUAAUAAUUAUAUCAACCCCAACAUUGUACAGCGAAGAUAAUGAGGAUCGACUACUAGAUGUAGACAUUAAUGACCAAAAUAGCAGCAAUAAUAACAAUGAUGGUAAAUUUAAUCAAUACAAUAAAAAUAAUUUUUUCGAAAAUUUAAAGAACCCAAAGUUUUAUUUAGAAAUUUUAAAAAAAUUAAUUGAGAUAAGGGUUUCAAUAAUUUUAUUUUUAAUUUUGGUUGGGUUUUUUGUUGGGCUGCACAUGGGUUUUACGGUGUUGUUUGGUGUUUCAAUUUUAAUGAUGAUCGAGCAUAAUAAUGAUAUUGGUGAAAUUAUAAAAUCUGUAGAUUGGGAAUUGCUAUUAUUCUUUUCGGGUUUAUUUGUUUUGGUUGAUGGGUUUGAUCGUCAGUUUGCAAAGGAAGCUUGGACAGUGCUGGAGCCAUUUGUACCUCUAGAUGACAAAAAUAUAAAUAUUUUUAAAGUGUUCAUUUUCUCGAUAAUGGUAUUGGUCUUAAGUAAUGUCUUGGGAAAUGUACCGUUGGUGUUAUCUUUAUCUCCUAGAUUGUUGGAUGCAAACGUUCCAAAUUUUACAUGGCUUUUGUUGGCUUUUGUUUCCACCGUUGCUGGUAAUCUUACUUUGGUGGGUAGUGUUGCAAAUUUAAUUGUGGCUGAAAAAGCUAAAGCUCAUCAUGUAAUUGGCUUUUUAGAGUAUUUAAAGUUUGGUGUUCCAUCUACUAUUUUGGUUGUAUUAAUAGGGGUUCCGAUUGUAGUUUUAAUGAGUAGUAUAUAA